UGGCAGGAAAAUCUAGUGCGCGACCGGAAAAACAGUGUGGCAACCGAAAUACCGACGGUGGGCCGACGACGACAGCAGGAACCAGUGCGCGCGCCCGCUCCGUGGAUAGUAAAUAAAAGUUUCACAUUACCCAAGGGCAGGGAAGUCCGAAGGGACAGAGCGGCACAUCGCGAUUCGGUGAGGAUCGCGCGCCCGGCGCCACCUUAUGCCGCAUGCGGACGACGAUGAUGAUGUUUUAUUGAUGUGUGUUAUUUUGGGAACCGCCGCCGCCGCCGCCAUCGGGACGUGAAUUUAAUCAGCGAGAGCGCGAGAGAAGGAACAUCAUUUUCCACCUCCGAACCCGCCGUGUGGCCUCAUCAGCUGCUGAUAUGAAAUACGGCCGAUAGGGCGAGAAAAAUCGACCGACAGCUGAGCCCAUGAAUUGGCCUUCGGUGGGAUCACGGUGACACGAGGCCAAGGAGUCCCAAGGAGCAUCGCGAUUCCGGUCGACCGAUAGGAGUGAUCAUCUGGCGGUGUACGGCGUAACAAUAAACCUAUCAGAGUGUGUAAACAGCGCCGCUGGUGUUUGUGUCGUUAAUGAACGGUCGUUGGUGAUAAAGUAAACACAUCUCGGUCGGUCCAAUAGUGCGCGUCCUGCUGGUUGAGGUCCCCAACGUUUGACAGCCUGCGGAUUAGCCUCUCUCUCCCUUGGUUGGUGGGGUACCGGCCGUCGGAUCCCUCGGUGACAUUUACGACAGCUGCACAGCACCCCCCGCACAGGACGCCCGGUGUGUCCGGACCGGAGCCGGCUAAUCGGACAGUGUUAACGGUGUCGACAGCGGUGUCUUGCGGCGGUGACCGUCUGAGCGCGAUGGAUAAGCAGCGGCGGGGACUUAUUUUUAAAACCGGAUUAGUACUCCUUUUCCUGCAAGUCGCCAACAGUCUCGAAAUUACCAACCUCCGGGUGCCCAGCUCCUACACGAUUGCGAGGGCCGAAAACCAGGAGAAGGAUCUCGUCCUCGGUUGCGACUACGAUAUCGACGAGAACGACUCGAAAGGAUUCGUGCUGAAAUGGAAACACAACGAUCUGCAGAUCUACCAGUGGAUCCCGUCGAGGAAUCCGGUCGUGUUUAGCUCAUUCCGGGGGCAUCUCGAUACCGAGUACUCGGAGUCGGAGGAUCGGCUUCACAAACACAGUGCCUUAAAGUUUAUCACUCCGAUGGCCAACCAUACGGGCAACUACACGUGCCAGGUGUCGACCUACCAACGGAUGGCCACCAAAACGGCCCACCUACAGAUCAUCGUACCGGAGACGGACUUUUCGCUCGGGUUUCAGCGCGAAACGAACGGCAGCACGUUGGUGUUCUGCAAUGUCGGUGAAAUCUACCCGCUGCCCGAUGUGUCUUUGGUGAUCGACGACGAGAAAGUCACGGAUGUGGUGGUCAGCGAGCAGGUGCAGGACUUCACGGGCUAUUACAACGUGAGCGUGCAGCACAUCCUGGCGGACCAGAACAAGGACAUGCAGAUCGACUGCGAAGUGACGAUACCGGCGACGGAGUACCGGCUGCACACCAGUAUGCCUUAUCUGGGUUCGGGGCUCCAGGUGACUGGGGCCACUCUGCCGGUGGUGCUGUGUACGCUCGUCACGACGGUCGUAGCGAGGAUGCUGUGCGCGUUCUAGACGGCCCAAUAUGCUGGGCCGUCCCGGAAUCAUCUCCCCGUCAUGUGUCAAUCCGCUUGUAGUUGUUUUGUUCACUACUUUCUGUUAAGCCGCGAUCGUGCUCGAGCAGGAGGAUCAAACCGACCAUUCGACCACCACCACCAUCCUCCGUCAAGGGGGUUGUAUUCUGUUGUAAAUAAUUGUUUGUUUAAUGCUUUGAAUGCGCUUCUUUGCACCACCCCGUUCCGCGUCCGCGUGUGGUCAUUUCGUGUUACGAAAUUCGGUGUGCCUUGGCUAGUUGCUUCAAGAUAGCGGUGGGCGAGCUAAAAGAGCGAGAUGGAAAACGAACAAAUGUUUAAAGUAAUGUUUUUUAAAUGUUUAAAUUAUUAACCCACCAUUCGGAUACGUUCGAGUGAUGAUCUGUGACGCCGAUCGGCACACGAGGCCAGGCGCGAUCGCGUGAUGCAGUCGGAGGAAUUAGUCAGCCGCAAACUGUAGCCACGUUGGAGCCACCGGAACCACAUAGGAAAUAUGUAACGUCAUGUAACGGAAGCGAGUGAUUGUUGAAUGUGUUUAUGGGACGCUCGGGACGGUCGUUAGGGUAAGGGCGAUCGCGAUAAUUCGAGGUUGUUUAACACAUGUUGCCGAAUAAACUAAUUUACAAAAUCGUCA